AUGCCAUUGCUAGAGGAGAACCCAACGUUUACAGGCCGGCCAGAGACUCACAAAUUUGCCGGAAUCCUCUUUGAUAUGGACGGAACCAUAGUCGACUCAACAGACGCUAUCGUCAAACAUUGGCACAAAAUAGGCAAAGAACUAGGAGUGGAUCCUGCCAUGAUACUGCAGUCUUCACACGGGAGGAGAUCGAUAGAUACGUUUCAGCUGUACGAUCCAAGCAAGGCCAAUUGGGAGUAUGUCAGUCACGUUGAAGGCUUGAUCCCUAGACAAUUUGGGCUCGACGCUGUUGAGGUGCCUGGGGCCAGAAACUUGCUCGCAUCGCUCGAGGCAGCCAAGGUGCCAUGGGCAAUCGUAACAAGUGGUACACGACCUCUUGUAACUGGAUGGCUUGACGUAAUGAAGCUUGCUCAUCCUCGGAACUUGGUCGUUGCGGAAGAUGUGAAAGAGGGAAAGCCAGAUCCCGAAUGCUAUCGUCUCGGGCGAGAAAAGCUCGGUUUAAGCGCCGACACCAGGGUUCUCGUGGUUGAGGACUCUCCAGCCGGCAUCCGUGCUGGAAAGGCUGCGUCGUGCAAUGUGGUUGGGCUGGCGACAACGCACGAUAUCGCGCAACUGCGAGAAAAUGGCCCCGAUUGGAUCGUCAAGGAUCUUCAGAGUGUUCGGUUUGUCAAUAGGAACGCGGAUACAGGGGAGGUUGCCAUAGAGAUUUUGCACUCGCUAGAGUAG